CAAAAAGGGAAGCUUUUCUUUCAAUAUGUUUUCAAUCUUUCGUCGAACGGCAGUAGAGGUAGCUGAGUCGAGUUUAAAAGCUUUAAAUAUGGACGGCCUUAGAGGCUGGCAAAGAGAGAUGCCCAUGACAGCUCUUAAUUCGCAAAAAGAUCUCACUCAAUGGGUAGUCGGCAGCGAUAAAGACAUUGGCGGUUUCUCAGAAGCUCACUUGGAGAUUACACCAGAAGGCACAGGGAGAUUUCAUGGAAACAUUUCUUUGGAUCUUCCUACUAAUCCAGAAAUUAAGCAAAGCGGAUAUGCUGCUAUUCGUACAAAACAAAAAGAACAAUCGUUAUUUGGAAUACCUUGUUGGGAUACAACCUUAUUUCGUUAUUUGGCUCUGCGAGUGAAAGGAGAUAAAAGGAAGUAUUUUGUAAAUAUACAAACAGACGGUAUUGUCAAGACAGAUCUAUUCCAACAUCGAUUAUUUUUACGUACACCAGGUCAAUGGGAGACAGUGAUGAUUCCCUUUAAAGACUUCAUUUUAACAAACAAUGGCAUGAUUCAAGAAGAACAGAUUGAAAUGUUUAGAGAAAAAGUCAGAACAGUUGGUAUCUCUCUCAUGGACCGCCAAGAGGGUCCUUUUAAUAUUGAAAUCGAUUGGAUAAAAGCUAUGAACACUGAGUUCACAGAAGGUGAUAUGGACAGAGUACCAGACAAGGUUGAACAAUUGUAAAUAAUAAAUAAUAUCAGACACUUUCUCCACUUGUCAAAGAUUUGCUUUUUUCUUUCUUUUCUGCGAAAUGAUGUAGCUCCC